UCGUCUCAUGUUCAGACGAAUCGAUUUGAAAAGGAGGCUAGAUGCGCCAUAUUCUUUUUCAAAAUUCUUAAAGCAUGCGAGGAAGGUCCUCAGUUCUGUACCAAUAAAACUAUCAUUUUUGGGAAACCGUUGUCAAAAUGAAACCUCUAUUGCUUCAUGGCCAUGAGCGGUCAAUUACAAAAAUUAGGUACAACAGAGAGGGGGAUCUUCUCUUCUCAACAGCCAAGGACAACAAGCCAACAGUUUGGUAUUCACUGAAUGGGGAAAGACUUGGGACUUACAAUGGGCAUAAUGGAGCAGUGUGGACAAACGAUAUUUCAUGGGAUACCCGCCAUUUUGUUACUGGUGCUGCUGACAAUUCUGUUAUAAUUUGGGACACAGAAAUUGGAAAAAAGCUUUCAGAAAUCCCCACUCAAUCUGCUGUAAGAACAUGCAAUUUUGCCUAUAGUUCAAAGCAGUUUAUGAUUUCAACUGAUGCUGCCAUGGGGAAAAUGUGUCAGAUUCAGAUUUUUGAUCUUCAGCAAUGCUUGAAUGAAAGACCUGAGCCUAUUAUAGUCAUGCCUGUUCAAGGACCAAAAGUUACUGCCUCUGUAUGGGGACCAUGCGAUGAUUACAUUAUAACCGGACAUGAAAACGGGUUGCUUUGCAAAUGGGAUGUGAAGACUGGUGAACAAAUUGAUCGCAUACAUGAACACACAAAGCUUAUUAAUGAUAUUCAGAAAUCAAAAGAUGAUUUAAUGUUCAUCACAGCAUCAAAAGAUACAACAGCAAAGCUUUUCGUCUCUGACUCAUUCAAACAUUUGAAGACUUUCAAAACCGAGAGACCUGUUAAUUCAGCCUCGUUAUCGCCAAUCAGGGAUCAUGUUGUAAUGGGUGGCGGCCAAGAAGCUAUGGAUGUGACAACCACCUCAGCUCGUGUUGGGAAGUUUGACGCUCGUUUUUUCCAUAUGAUAUUCGAAGAGGAAAUCGGGCGGGUCAAGGGACAUUUCGGUCCAAUAAACAGUGUUCUUUUUCAUCCGGAUGGCAAAAGUUACAGCAGCGGCGGUGAAGAUGGCUACGUAAGAGUUCAUACAUUCGACCCUUCGUAUUAUGACUUUAAAUUCGACUUCUAGAUCCUGUAAUUAUUUAUCGUCCCAGA